GGCUUUUUGCUUUUGGCUUCCCAAUAGAGGCCAAAGGCAGGGCUAGGGUUGGAUUGGAUUGGAAACAACAGUUCAAUCGUUGCUGAUUGGAAUCCAAUAACUUAUUGUGAUUGGGAAUUCACUUCAGCUGCUCCACGAUUAUCUCCCCCGUUCACCAGGCAACAGGUUUUUGAAUCAGUCCAUAUUUAUGUUCAUCAAACUCCACCAACAUAAUUUUCGUCCUCUACCUCCCUGAUUGAGAAAGAAGCAGCCGUAUAGAAUUUGCACCUAGGUGCUUGGAAUAACAUGGCAUUGGUUACUACUGCCGAAGUUUGUGAUGCGAACCCACAGCUCAUUGUGAGUGGUGAGCUUCGGGCACUUCAGCCAGUUUUCCAGAUAUAUGGCCGGCGACAAGUCUUUUCUGGGCCAAUAGUGACGCUCAAAGUAUUUGAAGACAACGUUUUGGUUCGUGAGUUUCUUGAGGAGAAAGGUAACGGCAGAGUUCUUGUUGUCGAUGGUGGUGCAAGUUUGCGGUGUGCAAUUUUGGGUGGCAAUCCUGUGGUACAGGCUCAAAAUAAUGGAUGGGCGGGUAUAGUAGUCAACGGUUGUAUUAGAGAUGUUGAUGAAAUCAAUGGCUGUGAUAUUGGGGUGAGAGCUCUCAAUUCCCAUCCGAUGAAAGCUAAUAAGAAGGGUAUCGGAGAGAAACAUGUUCCAGUAACAAUUGGUGGGACCAGAAUCUGUGACGGGGAAUGGCUCUAUGCCGAUACUGAUGGAAUUUUAAUUUCUAAGAUGGAGUUGUCUGUUUGAGGAUUAUUAAUCUUCUAUUUGGAGGCUACAUUUGCAGGAUAUGCCAUUUCUGGAUGGCAAGGAACGCCAUAAUGCUCUGUUCCCAAACUUGUGUUCUAAUGUUUAUUGCUUAGUUAUGGAACCUUAUAAAAUUGUGUAUUGUGAUAUAAAUUGAUGGGAGGUAUCGGAAGUGGUGUUGAUGUGUAACAGUCACAUUGAAAAUUAAAUCUAUUAUUGUUAUCAUGAUUUAAUUUA